GAGAAAUUAUCGGGGAACUGUUUCAACAACUCUACAUACUCUUCCCCACCAUCCCACCAUUCCAUGGAUGUUAUCUUUGAACCCCAGAGGGGCAGAUCCUUCUCUAUUGAAGUGGGUUUCUUUGACACAGUCCUGGAAAUCAAAGAAAAGGUUCAAAAAUACCAGGGGAUUCCUGUUGCCAGCCAGACCCUAGUUUUCAAGGGUCGUGUUCUUCAGGAUGAACAGGACAUUGAGUACUGCGAACUGUUGCAGGAUUCCCACGUUCAGCUUCAGGUGGCACCGGAACCGGAUACAACCCAAGUCAAGCCCCAGAUUCAUGUUGAACAGCCUUCUCCUGUGGCGUCCAAUAAAAUCCAACUCAAGAUCAAUAUUUCUUCAUCCAAAACCUGCGUCCCUCUUGAAAUAGACGUUAACGACUCCAUUUUGCGCUUAAAGGAAAAGAUUCAUGAGAUGGAGAAUGUUCCAAUAAACAGGUUAGUAGUUCAAUAUAGGGGCAUGGAGUUGCAGGAUAAUCGAUCUUUGCGGGAAUGCGAGCUUAAAGAUAAUGCGCAGAUUGAUGUGAAUGUAAGGCCGUCGCCUACGGCAUCCGGGACGGGGUCAAAGAAAUUGAAAUUGAUGGUGUUGCCGAAGUGCGGACCAAAAAAGAUACCAGUGGAGGUGAAUCCAUCGGAUAGCGUUGGUGAGUUGCGAAAUGAGCUGCAGAAGUUGCAGUCGAGGCUUCAAUUUACACUUCCACCCGAGGGAUAUUUCUUCAUUUACAAACAGAAUGUUAUGGACGACGAUCGCUCCUUCCGGUGGCACCAGGUCAGCCAAGGUGAUACCAUCGAAAUUUUCAAUGGCAGCGUUACUUGAGGAUCAUAAAAACAUUCCUGCAAA